AUGCCUUAUGGACCUCGCCCAGAGUGGAUCGUCAUGUGCGGCACUUGUCAUAGAGAUCUCGAAUGGUUCAUUUGCAAGACUAAUGCCAAUGGAAACAAAGGAAAAUGGAUGGCUCGUUGUGUUGUGGGCGAAUGUUGCUUUUUCCACAGUGCAUAUGGUCAAAACGGCAUGCCACUGCAAUCACCUGAACUCUCCCAAGGCAAAAUCACCUUGCAGUCACCACCUCAAAAGAAAUGUUGCAGGGCUAAGGCCAAGUGCUGUAUUUGUGGCUGCUCCAUUAUUCAUAUUAAUGUAAAGUGUGGGCAGGGUGUCUGUGCAAGACACUUUCAUGGACUUGGCGGCUGUGGUCUCAAAGACCAUGCACCAUUGGACAAACCCCUCGCUGAUGAUAAUGAUCUUCAACAAGAUUCUCACUUAGACAGAGAUGUUCUUGAACUGUCUGAUAAUCCAACCAAGGAGGAGGAAGAUCAGCUGAUCUCGCCUCCCCCUCCUGCUCUGGAACUUCCUUCUGCACCAGCAGCAGGUCCAUCUAAUGCCAAGAGCAAGAAUCAUGCUCUGGAUCUUCCUUCUUCUCUAGGCUCAGCAGCAGGACAUUCUCAUCACAUUCAGUCCAAACCUCCACCUAAGUCUAUGUCAAACAUACAACCCAAGCAUUCUUUGCAGCUUCCACCCUUCUUUACUGCACAGCUGGAGCGGAAACAUCAUCUGGAUGAGAAACAGCAUCAUGUCACCAUACAUGCAUUUAUCCAGAAUGGUGAACCACCAUCAUCCUUUGUCUUCCAGACAGGAUUCCAAUGGCUGCACUUCUACCUUAUGUAUGAGGUGCUCCGUGAGCUCGAUCUACCUGCUACCAACCUCGAUGACAUUGGAGAUGCUUACCAGCCAUCUAAGCUAUAUCUUUUUGAUCUGAGUGCAGGGGCUUGGCGAGGGAUCCACCAGGAUCAUAUGAUCACACUAAAAAAUCACAAUGAGUCCUUGAUUCUCAGAGCGUCAGAUGUGACUGACUGUGCUGGCCUUGAUGUACUCCUGCAAUCACAAGCAGCAUUGUUGGUUGAUCCCGCAGUUCUGAACAUCUGUGAGCACCUUCAUGCUGAUCAUGCAAGUGUUCACAUUGCUAACCGUGCCUACAAACAAGCUCCAGUAAAGCCAGAGCGAGCCGAGCUAGCUCUUCCAACUCGCCUGCAUUUGUCACCUUCAAGUCCAGCCUUAUCAAGUGAACUUGAGGUGGAAGCCCUCCUCAAAUGUGCCCCUGCACAAAGUAUCAGUGCAAGCCCUGUGCACCCCUCUGCUUCUCCAUACCGACAACUUGUUUGCUCUGACUCAGUUGAAGUCGUUCAGCCUAUUUACCUAUCACCAUCACCUCCACUGUGGCAUCCAUCACCAUCCCUACCUGCACAACAUCUACCAAGUCUUGCUCCCAGUCUCACUCCGCCUCCAUCUCAAGGGUCCGCUUGGACAUCACAUGACAACACAUCUUCAGAUGCUAUAGACCUUGAUGAUAUCAAGGUGUGGCCAGCUGACUUCCAUGUUGUUGAUGUGGUAGAGGGUUUUUGUGGCUGCAAGAUUGCCAGAAAGACAAGGAGGGUCAGUGUUUAA